AUGUCGACUCCUUCCGAGGAAUCACAGUGCUUCGAUCGUGCGGGCAUCACCGUCUUGACCGUUCCUUAUGGCCAACGAUGCUACAUCGACGACGGUCGCACCUCUCUGGCUCAGUUCAUCGACAAGCUGCGAGACUACAAGAACGAUCCGAGGACGAGGAUCGAAACCGCUCACUAUGAGCGAGGAAUGCCGACGAUCAUAGUCACCGACCUUGAAGAAGCGUCCAGGAUCUCGCCGUCCCUGUCAUCGGUCAAGCACGCCAACUCAAUCACGACGUCACGAGGGGAGCAAGUCGUGGAUGUUGCUGGUGUCUACGUCUUCAACAUGGCGAGAACUAGCGGUCAGCAAUCCGACCAGAACGAUGGUCGCGAGGUCCUGGAGCAAUACAUCGACAUGCUUCGAGACUACGGCAACAAUUCAGACGUGGAGCUCGAGAGCGCGCACUAUGAAAAUGAUACUGCGACCUUCUUCAUCUCUGAUCCUACCGAUGUCGAAGUCGAAUAUCCGUACCUUGGGGCUCGCGAAGUAGCGCAGAAGAACGAGGAUCCGGUCGAGCAGGUUUUCGACCCCUCCAAGCGUUGCGAAAAGAUCCACUACUUUGAAAGCAGAGAAGCGACCCCGCUUCGACACAGACAAGGCUUCUUUGACGACAACAACAUCUACAUCUUUAACGAGGGCAAGCGCAAAGGCUACGAGACGGUCAAGAGCGACGGUCGCAUGCUGGUGGACCAGUAUGUCGACCUGUUGCGAAAAUUCCUCAGCGACCCCAAUGUGAGCCUCGAAGGCGCUCACUAUCGACCCGGCCACAAUGACGCAACCUUCUUCAUCGGCGACCCUUCUGCGUCCAACAAGAAGAAGGCGGAUCGGUACGAGCAGACCGAGACCGUCCUUAACGCAAGCAAGCCGGGUUACAACGACGGAACCCAGGAUGAUGUCACUAAGUAG